AUGGAUGACCCCGACGAGCCAUUCAGUUAUCACCAUGACGUGAUAGAGGCUUCGAAGCGCAUGACACGAGGCAGUGAUGAGCUCGACUGGUACAACGCGACUACUGCAUUUUCUGAAGACAAGUACAAAGGCAAGCGCCCAGCCGAUUUGAGAAAAACCAGAGCCGGUACUUUGACAGUGAAUCUUUUUCAACGGUUUCAUACGGCAAUCGUGUGCGGUACAAAGGCUACUCGUCUCCAAGACGGCAAAAGCUGCGCCGUAUAUUCCGAGCCCGGUGCCCUUCUCUCCUUUUUCAUUGGAGGGGGAAUGGAGAUUCCUCAUUUCGGUCUACAUCUUCGCCUACAAGUGCAAAACUCCAAAACACUGUACCGUGAUUUCACUAUGGUAUGGACUGCCUGGGACGACGAUGACUUUGACUCCGAAAGAACCCCCACCUUCACCCCGUCUGAUACGGAGAGGUUCACUUUUUCGGCAUCAUUGACAGAUGUGAAUCUCAAGAAGGUUAAGCUUGAUGAAAACUCAGCAAAAGCAUGCAAUGGAAAGGAUGGCGCGGAAGCUUUCGAAAUUCAAUGGACAUCUCACACUAUUCCGCAAAUGGUCUCGGGUUUCGAGAUACCGGACGCCCAACUGGAACAGUUGUUCCGACCUGAACAAAUCCAAACAUUUCAGCGAUUUCGGAAUAUGCGCGCAAAGAACAUCUCUAUCCGUGUCGUGACUCGGAUUCAACGUGAUGAGAUUCUACACAACUGGUGUGGUAUGGCUGCUAUGCCUCGGCCGACAUUGCCCCCGUACCCUUUUUACGCAUGUCGCUAUGUUAAGCAGGCAAAAAUGUUUACGAUGAUGAAGGCGAUCCCCCCAGUUACGGACCCCAUAAUCAAACAUCAUCAUCGACGUCGAAAAUUCGGAUGGCCAAGUAUGACAGACAGUGGGUUUCAAGAGACCCCUGAGCUACUCACUCACACCAAUGCUCCGUUUACCGUGUUCCUUAAUGAGAGAGAAUACGAGGCAAUCCGGAUGAUUGGGUUACUCCGAGAAGCAGAUGCCCAAAAAGAGACGGCUAUCACGCAGUUCAACAAUUUCUACGAAUUCGAGCUUUUCCGAGCGUCUGAUGUUCAUAACGUCAAAGGCAAGGGACUCGAUGAAUACUUCUACGGAGUCAUCGACGCGAAGUUUAUACUUCGAGAUCGAGAAGACGCCCAGGAGAUGUUAGAACAAGCGAUGCCCCUCCCGCAACCUGGAACGCCUGUGACCAUUUCCCCCCAGCGGCAAAAAGGCAGCGAAGAGCCUCGCAAAGUUAACAAGAACAGGCUUUGGCAGGGCGUGGUUGUCUCUUCGCAAGGAAUAUCUUCUAUUGUCAAUCGCCAGUCUUCUUAUCACGCAGUUUGUGUGCGGCUGAAAAGACCAGCGAUCCAAGAGUCGAUAGGGAUGAGACUGAAUUUAGCAGGGUUUGCAACCUUUGGCUCGCCCAAUCCAGCAAUUGUACAAGCACGCCGGGCAAUCAGAUAUGCGAUGUGGGGAAACGACCACUUUGCUGUUGCUAGGGACAAUAAAGUGAAACGUCUGCUGUUGGCCCACGACAAUGCAAACAUCGAGUUCCAUCGGCAUGGAGACCUGGUCGAUCAAAAGACAGGUCAAUUCAUCAACAAUAUCCAGAGAACCCGGAACGAGGAGCAGAUCAAGGCAAUUCGAUCCGCAUUCUCCGAUGGAAGUCUAUGGUGGAACUUUCUUUCUCUCGUCACAGGUCCCCCCGGCACUGGCAAAACUUCUGUGUCUGUCUCAAUUGCCGCCCAUUGCCUCGAGCGAAAGUGGCCGCUCCUGAUUGUCUGCGCCUCCAACCAUGGCCUUGAUGUGAUUACGGAACGCAUCAUUCGGCUAGGGACUGACUACCGCGAGUCACACGAGAUGCAAAUGCAAAUGCCGCGAGAAUCGUCCUCAUAUGCAGGCGAUGAAGACGAGAAUGAGGAUGAGAAUGAAGAUGAGGACGAUUAUUACCGAAGGGAACCGUCUCUAAUGUUCAGAAAGGUCGACAGAGAUCUCCGAGAACGUGGCGUUGAUCCGGAACUCCGGCAAGUUGUUAUUUCCUCAAUGGAGGGGAUCACAGAUCCAAGCCAUCGGUUUUCCCUGGGAGCGCAUAUCACCAACUCAUUGGAAAGGAUUAUGGCAAGGGGGCAACCAAAGCAGAUCACGAGAGACAAAGCCGCUAGUGACAUUUCUGUCAAGGAAAGAGAUUGCCUGUGGGACUUUAUAACCUUCCAAGAACUUCUCAGGAGGCAGGGCGACUUAUUUUUAGAGUCAACAGCCCUUGUUCUGGCAUCAGGAUCAACUUAUGCGGAUGAAUCCCCCCCUCGGACAAGCCACGCAAAACUUGUCAGAGAGCAGAAGAGGCUCUGGCUGAACCUGCAAGAGCUCUACCUGAAAAACGCAAAGAUAGUUUUGUGUACUGCAUCAACCGCUGGUCGAAAGGCGCUCCGAGGCUUUCGGCCCUCAUAUCUGAUUGUCGAAGAAGCAUCUCAGAUGGUCGAGUCACAAGCACUAAAUGGGAUCAUGCGCAAUCUGAAUGGGUUGAAAAAAGUGAUCCUCAGUGGGGAUACCGCACAGCUUCCACCGACUGUGAUAUCGAGAGGAUCAAAUGAGUGUUUCAACACGGAACAGGUCUCGCUGUUUGAGCGAAUGAUUCAAACCGGUCAUCCUCACACGCAGCUACGCACGCAGUACCGGAUGGCUCCUGACAUUUGCAAGCAUGUGAGCGAAAGCUUUUACGAUUCGAAACUAACGACUCAUCAAUCGUGCUUCAAUAGACCGAAGGCAAAGGACUUCUCUACUAAGAUGGCCGGCUGGUAUGACUGUAGGCGCGGAACUUCCUAUUUCGUGUCUGUUGACAAAUCAUCACUUUGGCGCCGCAAAGGCUCGACAUCUGUCCUCAAUCCAGAAUAUGUCGACUUCAUUUGCGGAUUGGUCAGUCAGAUGAUUAGGGGCGGAAUUCCGCAGGACGAGAUCCUGAUACUUUCAUUCUACGACGAAGAACGCCGUGCUCUAUCUUCUUUGCUCCAUGACAAUUUGCAGCUGAGAGCAAUCGAAGUCAAAAGCGUCGAUGCCUCCCAGGGGAGUGAAAGUCCCUUUGUCAUCCUCUCAACAACUCGACCAGGGGGCCAAACGGGCAUAGGAUUUGUGAGAGACCGCAAUCGACAGUGCGUUGCGCUCAGCCGAGCUCAAGAUGGUCUUGUGAUUGUGGGGCACGAGAAUAUGGCUAAAGGGCACGAGGGUCACGGUUACGACAGCUGGAGAAAGGUGAUCCGAGAUCAUGAUACGGCGGGCCGAUUAAUUCGGCGGGUGGGCAAUCGGACAAAAGUGGUCGGGAAACUUGCGAUCUCGGAGAAAGACUGGGAGCAACUUCAUUGA